GGCCGUGGUGGCCCAGUCGGCCUGACAGCCGGCUUCAAGGAACCAUCCGGCGCUUCCGCAGCGGUGGCGACCAUGGCGGCGGAGGAGGAGACGAUGGACUCGGCGGACCCGAGCGAGAGGUCAGGAUGGCUAACUGGCUGGCUUCCCACUUGGUGCCCUACGUCUACAUCACACCUUAAAGAAGCUGAAGAAAAAAUUUUAAAAUGUGUUCCCUGCACAUACAAAAAAGAAUCUGUUUGUAUAUCUAAUGGAAAUAAAAUAUGGACAUUGAAGUUAUCUUACAGUCUUCCAAAUAAGACACCACUUGUCCUCCUCCAUGGUUUUGGAGGAGGGCUUGGACUCUGGGCACUAAAUUUUGAAGAUCUUUGCACCAAUAGGCCCGUCUAUGCAUUUGACCUAUUGGGGUUUGGACGAAGUAGUAGACCCAGGUUUGAUAGUGAUGCGGAAGAAGUGGAGAAUCAGUUUGUAGAGUCCAUUGAAGAGUGGAGAUGUGCCCUAGGAUUGGAGAAAAUGAUCUUGCUUGGACACAACCUGGGUGGAUUCUUGGCUGCUGCUUACUCACUAAAGUAUCCAUCAAGGGUUAGUCAUCUCAUUUUAGUGGAGCCUUGGGGUUUUCCUGAAAGACCUGACCUUGCUGAUCAAGACAGACCAAUUCCUGUUUGGAUCAGAGCCUUGGGAGCUGUAUUGACUCCCUUUAACCCUUUAGCUGGCCUCAGAAUUGCAGGACCCUUUGGUUUAAGUUUAGUGCAAAGUUUAAGACCUGAUUUCAAGCGGAAGUAUUCUUCAAUGUUUCAAGAUGAUACUGUGACAGAAUACAUCUACCACUGUAAUGUACAAACUCCGAGUGGUGAGUCAGCUUUCAAAAAUAUGACUAUUCCUUAUGGAUGGGCGAAAAGGCCAAUGCUCCAGCGAAUUGGUAAAAUGGAUGCCGACAUUCCAGUUUCAGUGAUCUAUGGCGCCCGAUCCUGCAUAGAUGGCAACUCUGGCACCAGCAUCCAGUCAUUACGACCACAUUCGUACGUGAAGACAGUAGCCAUCCUUGGAGCAGGGCAUUAUGUGUAUGCAGACCAACCGGAAGAGUUCAACCAGAAAGUAAAGGAGAUCUGUGACACCAUAGACUGAGCACAUAGACGGCAUGGUGGGAAACCUGGUGACUGAUAUAAUUCCUCAGCAAUAAUGAAUAGUCUCCAAUGAAUAGUAAGGAAUACAAAGGAAAAACCAGGCAGUCUUCUUGAUUGUACUUUACACAUGUUUUCUUUAUGAAGUAACUUGCACAUUUAAACCAGUUAGUGCCUUCUAGAAAAAUGGCUUUCCUUUCUCCUACACAAAGUUGAAAUUUACUUAAAAUACUCGAUGGAGUCUCCAAAUCUAAUAGCUUUAAAUAAAAAAUUAUUUGUCCCUCUGAUAUAUUAAAAAAAUUGUAAUUUUUCAACUGGAAUAUUUUCAUUUCUGUCUAACUUUGCUAUGUUGGGUACAUUGGGUACAUUUUAUAUUGCAGUCUAUAUUACCAAUUUAAAGAAGGGAUUUCUGGGUGUAUUAUGUUAUAUACUGUAAAGAUGUACUUUGUCUUCUUGGCGUGUGUUUAUCAUGUCUAAUAACUGAUGGUUAAUCUACAUUCAGUGUGUUUUAAUGUGAAAAUUUGUCAGUUGUUUAGAACGUUUCACUUCAUUUUUGAACUGUAGUGACAAGACAGGUUUUUGGUAAAAAGGAGGGGAGUAAUCACUAGCAUUACUUUUUCUGAUUUUCCUCGUUCUAUGUUACAUUUUAGAAGUGAUCUACCCUGACAUAGAAUCUGUAGCAACAUAAUUCCUUGGAACAAUCUAUGUGUGAUAUGAUUCUACUCUUUAUGGAAACAUGACAUUAAUACUGCACUGGUUCGAGUACUGAAAAGCUUUAACUGAAAGUCUGUCCUUUUUUCCCCAUUAGUAGUAUUCUUUUCCAUGAACCAAGAUGCAACAAAUAACAGAUUUCCUCACUGAGGGGAUGUUAAGACUGUUACUUUCUAGUAAGCUAAGUCAUAUCCUAUUUUCAUUAACAUCUCACUCUUGUAGAUGGGUGCUAAAACUAGAUUACAUUUUUACCACUAAAAUAAAAAUAGGUGGCGCUAAUACAUCUCAGUGUGGCAGAGAUGAAAGGUCACACCUAGUUUUAUUUUUAAAGAGUUUCAUGCUGAUUAAAUCAUUUUUAUACUUGAAGUUUUAUUACAAAAU